AUGAACUGGCACUUCCUUCUCCUUUUCACCGCCGUGACUUUAACAUCUGUGUGGUCCCAGUUCAAUCCUUUAUCUCUUGAGGAACUAGGCUCUGACAUUGGAAUCCAAGUUUUCAAUCAGAUAGUUAAAGCUAGACCUCAGGAGAAUAUUGUGGUUUCUCCACAUGGGAUUGCAUCUGUACUGGGAAUACUUCAGCUGGGUGCUGAUGGCAAGACAAAGAAGCAGCUGACAACUGUGAUGAGAUACAGCGUAAAUGGAGUUGGUAAAGUAUUAAAGAAGAUAAACAAAGCCAUAGUCUCAAAGAAGAAUAAAGACAUUGUGACAGUUGCUAAUGCAGUGUUUGCAAAGAGUGGCUUUAAAAUGGAAGUGCCUUUUGUUACAAGAAACAAAGAGGUGUUUCAGUGCAGUGUCAAGACUGUGGAUUUUGAGGACCAAAAUGCAGCAUGCAAUUCCAUUAACCAGUGGGUGAAAAAUGAAACAAGGGGUAUGAUUGAUAAUCUCUUAUCUCCAGACAUUAUUGAUGGUGCUUUGACCAGGCUAGUGCUGGUAAAUGCCGUGUAUUUCAAGGGUUUAUGGAAAUCACGUUUUCAACCUGAAAAUACAAAGAAACGCACAUUUAAUGGAGCUGAUGGGAAGACUUACCAAGUACCUAUGCUGGCCCAGUUGUCUCUGUUCCGCUGUGGCACAACAAGUACCCCAAAUGACUUGUGGUAUAACAUAAUUGAAUUGCCUUACCAUGGCGAAAGCAUCAGUAUGUUGAUUGCUCUGCCUACAGAAAGCACUACCCCUCUCUCUGCCAUCAUUCCUCACAUCAGCACAAAAACAAUACAGAGCUGGAUGACAACCAUGAUACAAAAGAGAGUGCAAGUUAUUUUACCCAAGUUCACAGCAGUAGCAGAAACAGAUUUAAAGGAGCCUCUGAAAGUACUUGGCAUUACAGAUAUGUUUGAGCAGUCAAAGGCAAACUUUGCAAAAAUAACCACAGGAACGGAAAGCCUUCAUGUAUCUCAUAUUUUACAAAAAGCAAAAAUUGAAGUUAGUGAAGAUGGAACCAAAGCUUCUGCAGCAACAACUGCAAUUUUAAUAGCCAGGUCCUCCCCUCCUUGGUUUAUAGUAGACAGACCAUUUGUAUUUUUCAUCCGGCACAAUCCUACAGGUGCAGUCUUGUUUAUGGGACAAAUAAACAAACCUUGAGUAUGGAAAAGGUUUUCCUUAAGAAGCAAAGUAGAGACUCAUUUGAUACAUCCUUGCUAGUUCCGUUAAAUAUUUUUGUACACUACUCUU